CUUAGAUAGGGAGAGAGAAAGGCGAGAGAAGCAAGGAGGGAAGAGAGAGACGGGGAAAGAUAGAACUGCCGAUUUUUGUACUGUUUGAUUUAUUUUUUAUUUUUUUUACAUAAAGAAGUGUUUCGAAGGACUCUCCGUAGUAUUCUGCAGUUCGUUGCAAUCUCGCAAGACGGUGAUUGGAAUCGGAUUCAUCCUUCUUUUCUUUUUUCUUUGUUUUUUUUUUUGUGUGUGUGAGAGAAGCCGAGAACAAGAUGGUGAACUCUAUGGUGGAGAGAGCAACGAACGACUUGCUGGUAGGGCCUGAUUGGGCGAGGAAUAUUGAGAUCUGCGACAUGCUUAAUCAGGAACCUGGGCAAGCGAAAGAUGUCAUUAAAGGCAUAAAAAAGAAGCUCGGAAGUAAAAAUUCUAAAGUUCAACUUCUUGCACUAACUCUACUAGAGACUAUCAUAAAAAACUGUGGGGACAUUGUCCAUAUGCAUGUUGCAGAGAGAGGUAUUCUUCACGACAUGGUCAGAAUAGUCAAGAAAAAGCCUGAUUUUUAUGUGAAAGAGAAGAUAUUGACUCUGAUUGACACUUGGCAAGAAGCAUUUGGAGGAGCGAGGGCAAGAUAUACACAAUAUUAUGUUGCGUAUCAGGAGUUGUUGCGUGCUGGGGCAGUAUUCCCCCCGAGAUCCGAGAGGUCCGCACCUGUAUUUACUCCUCCUCAGACGCAACCUUUGUCUUCUUAUCCCCAAAACAUUCGCAAUUCUGGUCAGCAAGAGACGGCUGAGCCUUCUGCAAAGCCUGAGUUCCUAAGUCUGAGUUUGACAGAAAUUCAGAACGCACGAGGUAUUAUGGAUGUCCUUGCAGAAAUGCUAAAUGCUUUAGCUCCUGGGAACAAGGAGGGACUUAGGCAGGAGGUUAUUGCUGACUUAGUGGAUCAGUGCCGUACUUACAAAUUAAGAGUUGUACACCUUGUUAAUUCCACAUCGGAUGAGUCACUACUAUGUCAAGGUUUAGCAUUGAAUGAUGAUUUGCAGCGAUUACUGGCAAAACAUGAAGAAUUAGCUUCAGCAACUUCUUCUCAAGUAGGCAAACCUAAGCCUGAACCUGCAAAAGAGCUUGUGAAUGUUGAUGGUCCCCUACUCAAUACAGGUGAUAGCAGCAAGCACUCUGAUGGGAGAUCUACCUCAAGCAAUGGUGCAAGUUCUCAACCAUUUAAUCAGUUAUCGAUUCCUGUGGCUCCUGAAACUAAUGGUUCAACUCUCCCAGCUGCAGUGAAUCCCAAAAUGGAUCUGCUUAGUGGUGACGACUAUUCACCCAAGGCAGAUAACACACUGGCCCUUGUUCCUUUGGGAGAACCACAACAAACAACUCCUGCAUCACAGCAGAAUGCUCUUGUUCUCAUUGAUAUGUUCUCUGAUAGUAAUAGUACCUCUGGUUCUCCAAAAAUCCAAUCUUGUGGUUUGGCUGGACAAACCGAUCCUUUGACUCCUCAAAUUCAGCAGCAGCAGCAGAAUUUUCAUGCGAAUGGAACUGUAUCUAACAUGGGAUCACCUCGAUAUGAGCAGUCAUAUGUUCAAGGGAUGGGUCAUGCCUGGAAUGGCCAGAUGGCUCAGCAGCAGCAGAAUUUUCAUGCGAAUGGAAUUGUACCAAACAUGGGAUCACCUCGAUAUGAGCACUCGUAUGCUCAAGGGACAGGUCCUGCCUGGAAUGGCCAGAUGGUUCAGCAGCAGCAGAAUUUUCAUGUGAACGGAACUGUAUCGAACAUGGGAUCACCUCGAUAUGAGCAGACAUAUGCUCAAGGCACAGGUCCUGCCUGGAAUGGUCAGCUGGUUCAGCAGCAUCAUCAGAAUAACUUUUAUGGAAAUGGAAAUGUAUCAAACAUGGGCUCGCCUCGAUAUGAGCAGUCAUGUGCUCAAGGCACAGGUCCUGCCUGGAAUGGCCAGCUGGUUCGGCAGCAGCAGGCCCACUUACCUGUCUAUGGUGCCCAGAGUAGUGGUUCACUACCACCACCACCAUGGGAAGCACAGGCAGCAGACUCUAGCCCAGUUGCAGGUGCUCAGUACCCCCACCAAUCAGUGGUUACUCAAGUUGUUGUAACACAUACACUUCCUCAAAGACCUCAGCAUAUGGGAAGUGAUCACGUGGUUGGGAUGUAUAUUCAGCCAAUCACAAAUGGUAAUUUGUCAGCAAUUAAUAACCAGGUUGUUCCCAAAAACCAGUUUUCUGGUUUUCAUCCCCAACCGAUCCAAGGAGCGCAGCAUAUGGGAAUGUAUCCACAGCAACUGCCAGCUAACCAGAUGGCUUCAAUGCAUCCUCAACAAAUGUACGGGAACCAAAUGGGAGCAUAUGGCUAUGGAGAGUUGCAGUAUAUAGAUCAGAAAAUCGAUGGGCUAUCCAUCAGAGAUGAUGAUAGCCUGAGAAACUCUUACUACCAGGUUCCCACUUCAUCUUAUGUUCCACCUGGCAAGGCUUCGAAAGCAGAGGAUAAGCUGUUUGGGGACCUUCUUGACAUGGCAAGAAUUAAAUCAAUAAACACCACCCCAAAAGCUUGGUAGCAUGUGAACCUGGAAUUUGUUUUUUUUUUUUUCUCCUUUCAGCUUUUCAUUUUACAUAUUUCUUUUGGUAACCAACUUGUUUCCUUUCUCGUUUUCUUUCUUUCUUCUUAAAUAAUAUAAGAUGUUCUUCACCUGUCUCUUGUAUUUUGUUUUGCAUGGUUGGCAAUGGAAUCAUGUACAUUCCCUGUAGAGAAAAUGGAAAGAUCUACUCUUUUUGGGUCA